UGAUUGGUCUGUCUAUGACACGUGACCGCCGCAUACUGAUAAGCGGCCAUAUUCGUCUAGCCCAUUCUUUCAUUCGUUUGGAAGACAAAUUUACAAUGGCGACCGCCACUUCCACCCCGGCCGGCCAAAGAAUAAGCACCCGGGCGAGCAGCGGCACCGGCGGCGGCGGCACUCCUCUGAGCCCCACGAGGAUCACCAGACUGCAGGAAAAAGAGGAGCUGAGCCACCUCAACGACCGCCUGGCUGUUUACAUCGACAAAGUCCGGAGUCUAGAGUCCGAGAAUAGCGUUCUCCAUUUGCAGAUUUCUGAAAAGGAAGAGGUGCGGAGCCGGGAGCUGACCGGCCUGAAGUCUCUGUAUGAGACCGAGCUGGCGGACGCGCGGCGCUCUCUGGACGACACGGCUAAAGAGCGGGCCAGGCUGCAGAUCGAGCUGGGGAAACUCCGAACCGAGCAUGAACAACUCCUGCAAAAUUAUGCUAAAAAGGAUGCUGACCUGGCUGGCUGUCAGGCCCGGCUGAAGGAUGUGGAGGCGUUAUUGAACACUAAGGAGGCUAGUCUGGCCACGGCCUGCUCUGAGAAGAAAGGCCUGGAGGCCAUGCUAGCAGAUCUGCAAGCCCAGAUCCAGGAGCUGGAGGCAGGACUGAUUGCUGCUAAGAAGCAGCUGGGAGAUGAGACUCUGCUGAGGGUGGAUGCGGAGAACCGCUGCCAGAGCCUGAUGGAGGAGCUCGAGUUCCGCAAAAACAUGUUUGAGGAGGAAAUUAAGGACACCCGGCGCAGGCAUGAGACCCGGGUGGUGGAAGUGGACUCUGGUCGCCAGAUGGAGUACGAGUUCAAGCUGGCUCAGGCCCUGGCAGACAUGAGGCAGCAGCAUGACGAUCAAGUCAAACUCUACAAGGAAGAGAUGGAGCAGACCUACGUGGCCAAGCUGGAGAACAUACGCCUGUCUUCAGAGAUGAACAGCAGUUCAGCAAGCAUGGCACGGGAAGAGCUGAAGGAGUCUGCUUUGAGGGUUGAGAGUCUGGCAGCUCAGCUGGCCAGCCUGCAGAAGGAGACACGAGGCUGGCAAGAUCGCAUCAGUGAACUGGAGGCUGCUUUGUCUCAAGAGAAGGAUCUGAGCCGCAGGAUGCUGGCCGAUAAAGAGCGCGAGAUCUCCGAGAUCCGAGCCAAGAUGCAGCAGCAGCUGGAAGACUAUGAACAGCUGCUGGAUGUCAAACUGGCCUUGGACAUGGAGAUCAAUGCCUAUAGAAAGCUGCUGGAGGGCGAGGAGGAAAGGUUAAAGCUUUCUCCCAGCCCCUCGUCUCGUGUGACUGUGUCUCGAGCCUCGUCUAGCCGUAGCGUUCGCACUACACGUGGGAAGAGGAAGCGUGUAGAUGUGGAGGAGUCUGAGGCCAGCAGCAGCGUCAGCAUCGCCCACUCAGCUUCUGCCACUGGCAACAUCUGUAUCGACGAGCUUGACGUGGACGGCAAGUUUAUCCGGCUGCACAACAACUCCGAUCAGGACCAGGCAAUGGUAGGGUUUGAACUGACCAGGGUUAUUGGAGAAACUUCAGCUACCUACAAGUUCACUCCCAAAUAUGUCCUGAAGGCUGGACAGAAAGUCACUAUCUGGGCAUCUAACGCAGGUGUGAGCUCCAGCCCUCCCACUGACCUCAUCUGGAAGAACCAGAGCUCCUGGGGCACUGGCGAGAACAUCAAGGUGGCCCUGACCAACCCAGAAGGAGAGGAAGUUGCUGUAAGGAGCACCGUGUUCAAGACUGCCACAGUAGCAGAGGAAGAUGAUGAGGGAGUGGAGGCCUUUGAGGAAGAACUCUUCCUCCAGCAGGGAGAACUACCAAGAGAGGGUGCCAAGAGAGGCUGCUUGAUCAUGUGAGAGCAGUAACACUACGUACCACCUAACUCUUCCACUACAGCCAGGUUCAGCUGCCAACUCUACAACCACCUCAGAACUAUUUUUGUAUCGCUUGUGUAUAAUAAUCUAAGUGAAAAUUUUUUUUUUAUUAUUUUAAUGGAUUGUAAACCUUUUUUGGUACAUUUCUAUUUUUAUUUUGUACGUGAAUUGAUUUUAAAAAAUGCUUCACAACUGUUUUUCUGUGAACCAAAAUUUAGCGAUCAGUGGAGGACUGUAGUGAGAUUGAGCUCAGUGACAAGUAGGCAGCUUUAGCAAAAUUAAGUCCUCCAGGUGCUGUGAUUUUACCUUAAUUGUGUAUCUUUUUUUUUUUUUUUUUUUUUUUUUUUUUUUAAACAUAGUAUUUUAAGGGUCUCUUUAUAGAAAAGUUAUAAUUUUAUACCAGUUUUGUAGUUUUUAGCCAGACAAGUUGUCUAUAACGGAAUGUAGAUUAAAUUCACACACAAGUUAAAAACGGACUGCUGUUUCAAAUAUUAUUUUGGAAGAGAGGGCUGCUGGAUAAAUUCAUAUUGUUAGUCUGUGAAAUCCCAGACUGUUUGAACUGCAAAGCACCACAAGGUGGCAGUCUGGAGUCGCAUUUGUUACAUCGGGUUCUUUUCUUUUGAAUCUUGGUUAAUCAGUAUAUGCAGUGCCAGUUUUUCUAUUCUUGACAAUAUGCCAGCAUGCCAACUUACACCAAGGAAAAACUCCCUGUCCAAAUAUGUUUAACUGACAAGUUUGAGAAGAAAAGUAGGGGCUAGCAUAAUGACUUUCUACUGUACUUUGCCAGCAGGUUAUGUAAGCAGUCUGUAAAUUGGCUACACUAUCUCUCAUUAUGAUGAGACAUUAAGGCAGUGGAGUGUAAUGGUGUCACUUAUUAUCUAAUUACCUCUUAAGAAUUAGCCUUGGGUGGACUUGCUUAUUUUAUGCCAGUUUGUCCAUCUUAUCUAUUUAACUCUUGAAUAGUCUUAUGCCUAUAUUUUGAAUUGAUUUUCAGCUUAACCUUGAGUAGAAUUGUGGGUUGUCUUUCAUGUCACUUGCAUGCUUUUGCUCUAACCUUUACACUUUGUAAGGAAAAAUAAAAUUUUGUUGUAUUUUC